CCGGGGGCGGAAUCCCCGGCGGGUGGGCUCGGUACGUGCCGAGCUCCGGGAACCGCACCCGGGCGGCCGCCUUCCGACAGAGGCCGGCGGAGAGGCCGAGAGGCGGGCAAAGGCUAGUGGAGUCGGGAUGGAGGGCGGCGGUGUUCGUGACCCGGAGCUGCGUGAGGAGAGGACACUGGCGCUGGUCAGCGAGAGGACAGCCGGGAACCAACAGUAGCUCUCGCCUGAAGAACUGCUUUUCCAGUUUGCUGCCUGGAGUUGACAUUGUUUCCUGCUGACAGGAUCAGGGCCAUGCCAGCACUAACGGGAUGAGUGGGCACUCCAUUGGGGAUGUGGUCAUUGAUGGCCAAUGAAGGUGAGAGCACCACGGCCCAUUUCUUCCUUGGAUCUGGAGAUGAGGGGCUGGGCACCCGCCGAGUAGGCAUGAGGACAGAAGAGAGCGACAAUGAGCUCCUUGAGGAUGAGGAGGAUGAAGUGCCUCCUGAACCUCAGAUCAUCGUUGGCAUCUGUGCCAUGACCAAGAAAUCCAAGUCCAAGCCCAUGACCCAAAUCCUGGAGCGACUCUGCCGAUUUGACUACCUGACAGUUAUCAUACUGGGAGAAGACGUGAUUCUCAAUGAACCUGUGGAAAACUGGCCGUCCUGCCACUGCCUCAUCUCUUUCCACUCCAAAGGCUUUCCUCUGGACAAAGCUGUUGCUUACUCCAAGCUCCGAAAUCCUUUUCUUAUCAAUGAUUUGGCCAUGCAGUAUUACAUCCAAGAUAGGAGGGAGGUGUACCGGAUCCUGCAAGAGGAGGGUAUUGAUCUGCCUCGCUAUGCUGUGCUCAACCGUGACCCUGCCCAUCCUGAGGAGUGCAACCUGAUAGAAGGUGAAGACCAAGUAGAGGUCAACGGAGCUGUCUUUCCCAAGCCCUUUGUGGAGAAGCCAGUGAGCGCGGAGGACCACAAUGUUUACAUCUACUACCCCAGCUCAGCUGGAGGAGGAAGCCAACGGCUCUUCCGUAAGAUUGGCAGCCGAAGCAGUGUCUAUUCUCCUGAAAGCAGCGUCCGGAAGACAGGAUCAUACAUUUAUGAGGAGUUCAUGCCGACAGAUGGCACAGAUGUCAAGGUGUAUACCGUGGGGCCCGAUUAUGCCCAUGCCGAAGCUAGGAAAUCUCCAGCUUUGGAUGGGAAGGUUGAACGAGACAGUGAGGGGAAGGAGAUUCGAUACCCGGUCAUGCUGACUGCCAUGGAAAAGCUGGUGGCCAGGAAGGUCUGUGUAGCUUUUAAGCAAACAGUCUGUGGAUUUGACCUUCUUCGUGCUAAUGGUCACUCCUUUGUGUGUGAUGUCAACGGCUUCAGUUUCGUCAAGAACUCAAUGAAAUACUAUGAUGACUGUGCCAAGAUUUUAGGGAACACCAUAAUGCGGGAGCUUGCCCCACAGUUUCAGAUCCCAUGGUCCAUCCCCACGGAGGCCGAGGACAUUCCCAUUGUCCCUACCACAUCUGGCACUAUGAUGGAACUCCGUUGUGUUAUUGCAAUUAUCCGUCACGGGGAUCGUACUCCCAAGCAGAAGAUGAAGAUGGAGGUGACACACCCAAGGUUUUUCACUCUGUUUGAAAAACAUGGUGGAUACAAGACAGGGAAAUUAAAGCUCAAGAGACCCGAGCAGCUUCAGGAGGUGCUGGACAUCACAAGGCUGCUGUUGGCUGAACUGGAGAAAGAACCAGGUGGUGAGAUCGAGGAGAAGACUGGGAAACUAGAACAGCUGAAGUCUGUGUUGGAGAUGUAUGGUCACUUCUCAGGUAUCAACAGGAAGGUGCAGCUGACGUAUUACCCACAUGGAGUAAAAGCUUCUAAUGAGGGGCAAGAUCCGCAGGAGGAGGCUCUGGCCCCGUCUUUACUGCUGGUAUUGAAGUGGGGUGGAGAACUGACCCCUGAUGGCCGUGUGCAGGCUGAGGAGCUGGGGCGAGCUUUUCGCUGCAUGUACCCUGGAGGACAGGGUGACUAUGCUGGCUUCCCUGGCUGUGGGCUACUUCGUCUCCACAGUACCUUCCGCCAUGACCUCAAGAUCUAUGCCUCCGAUGAAGGCCGUGUCCAGAUGACCGCUGCUGCCUUUGCUAAGGGUCUUUUAGCUCUGGAAGGGGAGCUGACUCCCAUUUUGGUGCAAAUGGUGAAGAGUGCCAACAUGAAUGGACUCCUGGACAGCGACGGCGAUUCCCUGAGCAGCUGCCAACACCGGGUGAAAGCUCGGCUGCAUCAUAUUUUGCAGCAGGACACAACCUUUGGCCCUGAGGACUAUGAUCAGCUGGCUCCCACUGGAAGUACUUCCCUGCUCAACUCCAUGGCUGUUAUCCAAAAUCCUGUGAAGGUCUGUGAUCAGGUAUUUGCCCUGAUUGAAAACCUCACCCACCAGAUCCGGGAACGGAUGCAGGACCCCAAGUCUGUAGACCUACAGCUCUACCACAGCGAGACACUAGAGCUUAUGCUACAGCGCUGGAGCAAGCUGGAGCGUGACUUUCGACAGAAGAGUGGGCGCUAUGAUAUCAGUAAGAUCCCUGACAUCUAUGACUGUGUCAAGUAUGACGUGCAGCACAAUGGGAGCCUGGGACUUCAAGGCACAGCAGAGUUACUACGUCUCUCUAAGGCGUUGGCCGAUGUGGUCAUCCCCCAGGAGUACGGGAUCAGUCGGGAGGAGAAACUGGAAAUUGCCGUGGGCUUCUGUCUUCCUCUGUUGCGGAAGAUACUACUUGACCUGCAGAGAACCCACGAGGAUGAGUCUGUCAACAAGCUGCAUCCCCUGUACUCGCGAGGAGUGCUCUCCCCAGGCCGCCAUGUGCGCACACGUCUCUAUUUCACCAGUGAGAGCCAUGUCCACUCUCUACUCAGUGUCUUCCGUUAUGGGGGACUUCUUGAUGAGGCCCAGGAUGCCCAAUGGCAGCGAGCACUGGCUUAUCUGAGCGCCAUCUCAGAACUCAACUACAUGACUCAGAUUGUUAUCAUGCUUUAUGAAGACAACACUCGGGAUCCCUUGUCGGAGGAGCGGUUCCACGUAGAGUUACACUUUAGCCCUGGAGUGAAAGGUGUCGAGGGAGAAGGCAGUGCCCCAACUGGCUGUGGCUUCCGUCCUGCCUCCUCCGAGAAUGAGGAAAUGAAAACAGACCAAGGUAGCAUAGAGAACUUAUGCUCAGGCAAGUCGUCAGAUGAACCAGACCGGGCACUACAGACUUCACCCCAGCCUCCCGAGGGCCCCGGCCUCCCGAGGAGAUCGCCCCUCAUUCGUAACCGCAAAGCCGGCUCCAUGGAGGUGCUUUCUGAGACUUCAUCCUCCAGGCCUGGUGGCUACCGGCUCUUCUCAUCUUCGCGGCCACCAACAGAAAUGAAGCAGAGUGGCCUAGGCUCACAGUGCACAGGGCUGUUCAGCACCACGGUGUUGGGUGGCUCCUCCAGCGCACCGAAUCUUCAGGACUACGCUCGCAGCCAUGGCAAAAAGCUACCACCUGCCAGUUUGAAGCACCGAGAUGAGCUCUUGUUUGUCCCGGCCGUAAAACGAUUUUCUGUGUCGUUUGCAAAGCAUCCGACUAACGAGCUGCUGGAUGACCAGCACCCUGUGGUCCGGUUGCUGCGCAGUUUUUCCUCUGAUUGCCCAGGGUGCCGGCCAGUCUCCUUGGAUGCCACGCUGGCGCAUCAUCUGCACCAGUGCUCCUACCACCUGCGCCUCUUCCGGAACUGGCUGCGCUCAGGCCAGGAUGACCCCGAGUGCCUCUACGGAUUUGAAGGGUGCUCCAUGGUGCCAACCAUCUACCCGCUGGAAACUCUGCAUAAUGCCCUUUCCCUGCGUCAAGUGAGUGAGUUUUUGAGUAGAGUCUGCCAGCGCCACACAGAUGCUCAGGCACAGGUAUCAGCAGCCCUGUUUGACUCUAUGCACAGCAACCAGGCCUCAGAUGGCCCGUUUUCACCACCCCGUGUUCUUCAUUCGCCUCCCCUGCAGCUCCGGCAGCGCUCUGAGAAGCCCCCUUGGUACAGUAGUGGUCCUUCUAGCACAGUGUCCAGUGCUGGUCCUUCCUCUCCUACUACAGUGGAUGCCAACUCCCAGUUUGCCUUCAGUGAUCAACCCACCCUAAAUUCACAUGUGACUGAAGAAUGCCAAGGCCCUGAAAUGCUUCCCUCUGGGGCUGGAGCACAAGAGCUCCUCACAGAAGGGGAGCAAGAGCUUUCUGAUCCAAACCAGUCUCUGCAGCAGCCACCUGUUGACACCAGCCAGCCAUACUCAGAAGUUGCUGAGAAAACCAGCCAGCCAUGCCCAGCAAUCCCUGCCAUCAGCCAGCCAUACCAGCAGGGAUGUGACAGUGUUAAGCAGCCAUGUCCUACGACCAACCAGCUGUGUCAGAAAGUCUCUGAGGAAGUUUGCCAGCCUUGCCAGGAGAACCCUCAGAACAUCAGCCAUCCAUGCCCAGGGGUGCCUGUGGAGCUUGGCAAAAUAGUCCAUGGGUUCCCCAUGAAGGUUGGAGACCAGGUCCAAGAAACUUUUGUGGAGGUCGACAGGUCAAACCAGGAAAUCCCUGAGGAGUUUAAUCAGUCCUGCCAGGAGUUCUUUGUGGAGGUUAACAGGCUGGCCCAGGAGGCUGCUGCAAUCAAUCUUUUGUCUCAGGAUAUCCCUGAGGUUGAUAAACCAUCUCGACAGUUCCCUGGAGAGGUCAGUCCCCAGGCCCAGGAGGUUCCUGACAAGGUUAAUCAGCAGUCCCAGGUGGUCCCUGAGGUCCCUGACCAGCCACCUGGAGAAGAUGCUCCCCAGGCCCAUUGUAUGCCCACUGACCCCAACCCUCAGAGCCUGUCUUAAGCCCAUGAUCAACAGUCACCAGCAAAAUACAAUCAGUCGUUUCCUCAUUAGUGGGAUCAUGCUAUACCAGCCAUUUAAGCCAGCAUCCUUUUCUGAUGGCUGGCUCACUGGCCAUUAGAAAGCUUUGGUUCUGCCCAGAAGUGUGAGAAAGCAGUCUUCUGGACAUGAAGCAUACCUGUGUCAGAGUUGUGCUGGAAGAGAAGUCAACAUCACAUUCAAAGGAGCUAUUAGCUCCUCGCCUAAUGGUUGAACUGGAUAGGGUUUUCUUGGGUUGGGCUGAUCUGUCAUGCCACCUACUCGAAGCAGCAAAGGAAAUCCCACAUGGUUGAAAGGAAAUGCCACUUAACUACUAAAGAGGCACUAUUGUACAGAAGGCACAGCAAAUGCAGAAGAGGUGACUCCAGGGCCUUCACUUUUCUGGGGAAAAUGUUCACAACUUCUCAAACCAUCCUCAGACCAUCUGUGCAUUCGGGGGACUCUUGUCUUUGCUAGCACUCUUCAGGUGGGUCCAGGAUGGCUAUCUGAAAUGCCUGGAGAAUAGAGUCCCCUUCCCAAACCCUUGUCAUGGCCACUAAUCUUUUGACUGGUUUUCUGGGUGUUUCAAUGUCAUCUCCCAAGCAUACCAACUGGCAUUGUCCUUUUUUUCUGGACAAUACCUGUAAGGUAAAGUAGGUAUUAGAUUGCUGUGCAAAUUUCCAAACUACUACUUAAAAUGCUCUAGGGGAUUCAUGGCCAAUCUGUGAAGCAGGACCUCCUUCUGUUGCAGGGCCAUUUGUAUUCAGAGAUAAUGUAGAGGAGAGAAAUCAGGUUCUAUUUUAAGUAAUCAGUAGAGAUCAGUACUGUACAGACAUGAGCAGAGAUUUAAUAUAUAGAAAGAGAAAUAUAUAUAUUUCUGUAGUUGUGCCAGGGACCGACUGGCCAAAGACCAAACACUCCGAGGCCCCCAUUAAGUAAGUUCAUCUUUACAUGAUGCGUCUUCAGGGCCAGAUGUGAUUAUGAAGCUUUUCCCAAAGAUCUGGGGAUGGGAACGGGGGAGGGCAGGAGAAAUGAUGCCAUCAUUAGAGCUGGGGGGAUGGAACAUUAUGCGUGUUCAAUAAACAUAAAGUCAUGAGAAGUGGUGGUGGUAAUGUCCUUUUGAAUUUAUAACGAACAUGACUCGGAGUCUAUGGCAGUUAAUCAGCAUCGGUCAUAAACCAUUAUGGUUAUUAUUAUGGUUUAGCAGGAGUGAACUUUAAAAUAUGUAGAGAUCAGGCAUCCCAGACAACUAACCAUCCCCUUAGUGCUGAGAGUAUGGAGGUGAGGGUUAUGAAGCACCAGAGUACUCACUGGGACCUUGGAAUCACCAUCUUAAUUUAUUUUUUUUAAGGUUUAUGAUAUUGGAAAGGCAGAUUUAUAGGGAAAAAAAGAGACAUAAAGAUCCUCUGUCCACCUGUUCACUUCCCAAGUGGCCUCAACAGCUGGAGAUGAGCUGAUCCUAAACCAGGAGCCAGGAGCUUGUUCCGGGUCUUCCAUGCGGAUGCAGGGUCCCAAGGCUUUGGGGUGUCCCUGACUGCUUUCUCAGGCCACAAGCAGGGAGCUGGAUGGGAAGUGGAGCAGUUGGGACAUGAAUUGGUGCCCAUAUGGGAUCCCGGCACAUUCAAGGCGAGGCUUUAGCCACUAGGCUAUUGCGCCAAUCCCAUUUCUUUUUUAAAGUUUUUAAAAUUUUACUUGAAAGAACUAGAAAAAGAGACACACAGAGAGAACUUCCAACCACUGGUUCAUUCCCCAAAUAGCACAAUGGACAGAGCAGGCCCAAUCUGAAGCCAGGAACCAGUAGCUUCUGGGUUUCCCAUGUAGGUACAGGGUCUAAAAGACUCAGGACAUAAGCAAGGAGCUGGAUAGGAAGUGGAGCAGCCAGGACACAAACUGGCACCCAUAUGGGAUGCCAGUGCCACAGGAUUAAUUUGCUAUACCACCUCUCUGGCCCCAAUAAUUUUUCAUCCUAAU